AUUGGCAUCCUCUUUCCUCUUGGCUCCACGUACUCAAUCGCGACUGAAUAUCCGCAUGCGGAAUUUGCAGCCGACUGCGCCAUUGUUACUACCGGAGUAGGAAUCAUCGUCCGUUGCAUCGUGUUUUCACUGGGCGGCAUUCUCGUCAUCAAAUCCAGAAAUGUCAACUACAUUUAUUGUAUUGGCUUGGCGUUUAAGGGAGCCUUGCGAUUGGAUAGCAAGGGGGUCAAAAUUUUUUAUACCGCAGAAGGCAAAGGCACUGGA